AUGAAUCCUGUCACUCUUUUACUGGCUUUUGUGAGCCUUCUCUAUACUAGUGCCGCCGCUCAAAGCUUCACCUCCUACGCAAAUGACUUUUUCGACCCGAGCAUCGUCGUGCAACAGUCGGCGACUAACUCGACGCGUGUCCUCGCGCAGGAAACAAUCAUACAGUGGGCAGAAGAUCUCUCAGCUCAGGGUCCCUGGUCGGUCGUGAACAAACCCUAUGCAGCACCGUCUGGGGAUAAACAUGACUACCUCAGCUGGGCCCCUUACUGGUGGCCAAAUUGCACCGAUGUUGGCAACACAACAGAGUUGCCCGCUGAGCAAAUCUGGACAACGUGCCCGUACUACCAGCGUGAUGGGUUAUUCAACCCCGACGUGCGCACUGUUGACAACACUGGCGACUUCGAUGCGAUGUCCAACGCGGUGCUAUACAGUGCGAUGGCGUGGGUUUUGAAUGGCUCGGACGCGCACGCAGCCAACGCAGUGCGCUUUGUGCAGACAUGGUUCCUCGACGCCGAUACUGCGAUGAAUCCAAACUUAAAUUAUGCCCAGAUGCAGCGCGGGCCCGACGCGCAGCUUGGCACUCACACAGGAGUCUUGGAUUUGAAGGGUUUCGUGAAGAUUGUGAAUGGAAUCCUCAUACUUCAAAAUGGAAAGAGCGCGGUAUGGACGGACGACAUCAAAAGCCAGAUGGCACAGUGGACGACCCAAUACGUCCAAUGGCUCGAAACAAACCCAAUCGCGCUCGCCGAGGCUGUCGCUCCAAACAACCAUGGCACAUUCUAUUACAAUCAGCUCGCGGCUCUCAAGCUUUUACUCGGUGACACUGAUGGCGCACGAAAUGUGACGCAGACUUACUUCAAUACAUUAUACCUGAACCAGAUCGACGCCAACGGAGAACAGGCGCGUUCCUCUUCAACCAACGCCCGCAUCGCGCAAUUCGCGGGCCUUGACGCCUGGAAAUUUACCACCACGAAGGGCGGCAUGAUCCAGCGUGCGCUCGACUUCGCGAUGGGCGUCAACCCCGGGGACGAAGCCGCCGACGAGCUGUACCCGAGCGUCGGCGCCGUCGCGUCCGUUUACGGCGAUGAGGGCAGCGGGGACAGCUCUGCGGCAGGAAAGUACACUACGUUCCUAGAGGCGAAGGAGGUCUCGUACCCGGCUGAGCCGUGGUUUUUCUGGAAUCAACCACUGAGCGACUGCGGGUACGUCGCGGCGACGCUGGCCCAGGCGUCUGCGAGCGCCUCUAAUGCCACGGCAACCGGGUCUGCGAGCGAGAAAAGCAAGAAUGCGGCUGCUAGCCGCUACAGCAUGGUAGACGUGGACCUGUGGGUGGUUGGUGGAGGGCUAGCCGUCCUGUGGAUGGUUCUGUGA